UGUUGUCAUGAAUUAAAAACAACUGACCGUACUUAUCAAUUGUUUUUACGCUUUUUGCUUUUAUGAGCUAAUGGAGCGGCACUCGUGGAUACGAUUUCUGUACAAUUGGAAAUAGGCAAUCAAGAAGCUGUCGAACGUUUUGCGUUUGUACGUACUUAGACAGACGAUAACACCAUACAAAUCAGCACUAGCGAACAGGUGAGGCAAUCCUUGUAGUUCGUAUAUCCUUGUAGUUCCUUCCUAGAAUCCUUGUAGUUGUAAAGGAAUAACAGACAAGUUUGCAUGCACCGACAGAGUCGCAGGGAGCUCCGAAAGCACAGGAACCGUACCAUAAUGACCGAGCAGGUGAAGUUCGUAUUGGCUAGGCUGAAUGAGGAACCUUUCAACAAAAACCUCAACUUAAUCAGUCUGGACGCACUCCGUCCGGAGCAGCUCCUGCAGCUGAUGUUUGAUGUAUUCGCACAGGUUGACCCAAAGGUGAAAUCCGAUGUGCGAACCGAAGACGCCGAACAGCUUUCUAUAAAGGCAUUGACUCUACUCCGUAUCAUCAAAUAUAAACCUCCAACGGACAUUUCGCUGAGCGCCUUUCGGCAGGGGCUCGUGAUGAGCGAUAAAGGAAUCGUCUACCAUAUUCUGUACUACGUUCUCGCAAAGCUUGACACCCACAAGAAGAGAGCAUACCUUUCCAGGUAUUUGAUGAAAGUGGAAAUUACGCCUGAUUUAGAAGGCGAUGCGGACCUUGUGGACAUUCAAGAAGAGUACGAAAAACUUAUGGAUCAAUUCAAGCUCGUUCAUAAGGAAUACGAAGCUCUCAGUAGGUCGGUGCAAAGUUCAAAAGAAAUCCAGAAAGAUAUGGAGCACAUGGAAGAGGAGCGGCAACAGCUCGGCCGCAAAAUGGACCGAGUAAAACGUAAAGUAUCUAGCAUCUACAAUCGAGACGCGAUGCUUAAGGCCGCUGCGAGUCUGCGUCGAGAACAGGAGAGAGCUGAGGGUUUGGCUCAGGACCGAAUGGUUCAACAGGACACGUUGAAUCACACUGAGCAGAAGAUUAAUCGACUCACUCAGAUGGUAAAAAUUGAGCGACAAGCUGCCGUUGGAGCUACUCCAGAGACGCUUCUAUCGAAACUGAUGGAAGAGGUAAAGGCAAAUGGUUACCUGGUUCAUGAGAAAUUGCCUAAAGAGAUUCGUUCAGGCCGACUUCUAAUCAAGGACCUUCAAAGGGUGGUCGCCGAACCUGCAAUGUCACAGGCCGACCUGGACAAGGUGAAUGAGGCUCUAAUUGAGGAGAAUACUGAAGUAGGUCGCCUUUAUGAAAAGAAGAUGCGACGCAGCGAUCCUGACGAAAAACAAACUCUUUUCAGACAACAGGCCGCUAUUGUGUCGCGAAAGAAAGAAGCUGCGGCUGAGCAGAUGGAGACGCUUGCCAAUCAGUUGGCUCAACUUCAAGGUGAACUCGAGGACAAACGACAAAAGAGUGCCGUAUACGCGGACACGCACGCCGUUGUUCGUGGUGAAGAAUUCAAGCAGUACGUCACUAAACUCAGGUCGAAAACGAAUUCGUAUAAACAGUUAAAGCAGGAGCUAGAAGAUCUCCGCGCAGAGACGGAUAAGAUAGCAGCCGAGGAGGACGAACUUUUGCAGAAAGAAAAGGAAGCCACUGAAAACCUUAUUGCGGCAGAACAUUCGAAAGGUGUGGGUGGCUAUUUUGAAGCGCAAAACAAGCUCGAGCAAAUAUCCAGUCUGAAAGCACGACUCGACGAGCAGAAAGGGGUAACACUUGAAGAAAUGUCGCAUAUGGUCGAACAGCUAAACGCACAUAUAGCGGCCAAGAAAACUGAACUUGCUCCCUUAAUCAAGGAGUUGAAGCCGCUUCGGCAAAAAAUUCUUGAGCUACACGAGGAGUACGAAGAUAAAAAGAACACUUAUAAUUCAUGUGCAGUAGGCCUCGACACGUCGAUGGCCAAGCUGGAACUUGACGUCCAACAACUCAGGGAGCAAGUUUUGGCCCACGAGUCCCGAUUCCAUUUGAACAAUCGCGAAGGAAAACUUCUACGAGCGAAGUUGGAUCUCAUGAUAAAGUCCGAGUUAGCCGCGUAUAAGAGUUCAGAUCCAAAAAUUAAGAAGCAAACUUAUCGAGAGCGGAUUAACUUGGCGAUCCAGAAACAGGAAACUGAAGCGAAAGAACUUCGAGAACGCCAGAAGGAAGUGAAUCAGAAUCAAGAUUCGUUGGUAACCCAGCUCAAAAUGUGGACUGACCUAAACAGACUGCUCGAUAUUAAAAUACGCAGCUUUAAGCAAUCUCAAGGGCUAUCAAUGAUGUAA